AUGCUGUUCAAUCUAGGCCUGACAGCAGAUGCAGCAGCAGCUCACGAGAACGACACUGGCCCCCAACCCGCGUCGCACCCGUCAGGGAGUUUAAAUCGCCAUUCCUCUCCACCGACAGUUUCAUUUGCGACAUUGCCGACUAUGGGAUUGGGAAGUUUUUAUGGCCGGUAUAAGGGUUCAGAGGUAGAUCGAUCCCACAAAGGACCCCUGCGUGCAAUGUCUGCGAGUCCGGUAGCAUCGGUGGUUUCGAGCGAUGGAGAGUACUCAACUGCUGGGACAAUCCUUGGCCAGUCUCGGGACACCCGCCCGCAGGCAGUUAGGAAGCACUCGUCGCGGCCUAAAAUAUCCUACCAAUUAGCUCACCCCGCGUCCCAUGCACGUCAUAAGCGACUGAGGCUCCGACCCAAGCUUCUUCUGCAGCUCCAACGAGUAUCGCAAACCACCCGUCCCUUGCCCGUUCUCGAUGUAUUGCCAUCGACCGUAUUUUUACCGAGAUUAUCGCGCAAAUUUCCCACCAUUUUCCGAGGCAAAAAGAGAUUGGGCUCAAAUGAUUUAAUCGUCGUGACCAGCGAUCUCUAUGAACGGGCCGGUGGGGACAUUGCUGACAAGUAUCUCAGCUCAGACGAGGAGCACGGCGAUCAUCAGGAGGUCGUCGCAACAAUAUGUCAACUGCUCAAGGAGGAUGUGUUGUCUAAAGGGAAGGCUGAGAUUUGCCUCAAAGACGGACCGGUGUGGGAAGCAACGCCUCUUCCGAACGGAUCGUACGAGUUCGUGGCAAACACCGAAAAUGGUAUUCAGAUCCUACGAUGGGUUCUUCGCGGAGCACGGAAUCGUCGCGUUUCUGCACCCCCCGGAACGACACCGCAGGCAGACACGAAGCGAUUCACUUUCAGCGUUAUCAACCCCAAUACCCGGCGUCACCCCGUCAUCGCUACCAUGGCCCGUAACCAUCUGGAAGUAUUUGAUGAGUACGCGAUACCCAAUGCGUCAGGACUUCCCAUGUCGCCAACGUCUGCGAUGUCUGUAAUAAGCGACGAUUCUGAAAUGGACGCCUCUUUGGACAAGAAUGUUAUUACAACGGAUGAUAAUCUCCGCACGUUGAUUAUCAUCACCAGUAUAUGGGUUGCGUUCCGGGAAGGUUGGUCGCAUAACUUUACUUAUGACGAUUCAGUCUUGACUUUUAACGGAGCGCUUGCCCCGUCUCGACAGUCAUCUCCAUGUGCAGUCAGAGCCGAUAAUGACCCGAUACCCGCUGGAAGGGAUAAUCGUUCGGAAAGGCUAGCAUCAAAUGGUUCGAAGCACCGCAUGUCGAUGCCAAAUAGUUUGUCUUCUCAGCCAAACGCAGAGGCUGACCGGUCCACGGCGUACGGCAGUCUUUCCAAGCGCUCAAAUUCAACAGGUGCAGCCUUUAUGGAACGAACCAAUCGACAUGCUGCUGGAACCAAUGGCCGACCCAAAAGGCAUAGUUUGCGCUCGAGCCCUCGCGAGGUGGAUCAUAAUGGAAAUGGUCUGGCUGAAAGCAACGGUGGAAGUCACACAACGCGGCCUCGUCAAAGCAAGGCCGCGACAGAAGAAAUGAAUAGGCAUUCCACACCGUUAGAUCAGCCAUUGGACAGCCCGGGUGUAGAGAGUUACCAACUACACCAGCUUGAACCCUCCGACGAAAAGGCUAAACAGCUCAACCGCAGCAGCUCCACGAGGAGAUGCCGGCAGCGGCUGAGCAGUAUUUUUGACUUCCUAGCUCGCAAGCACCAUUAA